UUUUCCCUUAUAGAUCAAUAAAACAGAUAUUACUCAAACUAGAAGAAAUGUCAUUUUGGUUUGGCAACAAUAUCUUGACGCUUUGAUUAAAUAUUAAGCUGUCGUCUUUAAAUCCUUGUCCUAACCAGAAAUCUUGUAAUUAUGAUUUUGUUGUACCUUAAUCUGUGCGCCUAAUCUUCCUCUUUUUUCGCAUACUGACAUGAACAUGACAUCUGGAGGAGUGGAAAGAUGGUUUUAAGAUUUAUGUAAGUCGGUUUAGAGCCAGCACUGACUGACUGACUGAUGCACUUGAGAUGGGGAGGAGUUACAGGGAGGCUGUGCGCUGCUGGUGCCUGCAUGAGCGCACAGUUACCCCUAAAUCCACGACCAAAUCCAUCAGGACGUCCCCUCUGUGACGUGCUGCGGGGGUGCCACAUGAGCAGGGGUCUUACAGGGGGGGAUACUUUAAAAGCCCCCUCUGAAGAUACUUCAUACCCACUGAGGACGACUCGCUGAACGGUGUGCGUCUUUUUGAGCAACUUUACCACCAGCCUCGACUUUGAUUUGAAACUUUACCAAACCCAAGAGCAAAAAAAAUAAUAAUAAUCUGGAAAAAAGUUUCACUUGAGUCAUUUUGAUUUUUUUUUAUUCUGUCGACAAAUGUGGCUUCUUGGAUCAUCUUCCCAAGUGAUGAUGAUGAUGGAUGAGCGCCUGUCUCCUUCUGCACGCGCCGUCCAGAGCCCGGGGGACAACCCCUCCACCAUCCACAGCAUAGAGGCCAUACUGGGAUUUAAAGAGGACACACUUUUCUACAAAUCAGCCUCCUAUAACAUGACGGAAAAAGCCUUGAUCAAAGAUGUAGAGCGCAACGGGAAUGUUCUUGUGACGCCGAUGAAGAAGAGUCACUCAUCAGAAAGUUUUGACAGUGUUUGCUGUGCCAGCAGCGCCGCUGAAGCCUCGCUGUGUCCCGACUCCCCGGACAGAGACGGGAAACUGUCCGACGACGACAACCCGAAGAAGAAACACCGUCGGAACCGGACUACAUUCACCACCUUCCAGUUGCACGAACUGGAGAGAGCCUUCGAAAAGUCUCAUUACCCGGACGUGUACAGUAGGGAGGAGCUGGCGCUUAAGGUCAACCUUCCUGAGGUCCGAGUCCAGGUUUGGUUCCAGAACCGACGUGCCAAGUGGCGUCGUCAGGAGAAGCUGGAGGUGAGCUCUAUCAAGCUCCAGGACACCUCCUCCUCCCUCCUCUCCUUCAGCCGCUCUCCCAGCAGCUCUCUGGGCUCCGGUCUGCAGCUGGACCCUUGGCUCUCCUCCCCCAUCACCUCAUCCACCUCCCUGCAAUCCCUCCCCGGAUUCAUCACGGGCUCACAGGGCCUCGCGGGCACUUACACCCCUUCUCCUCCUGCUUCCAUGCCCUCCUCCCUGUCGGCUUCCUUUCUCAGCUCCCCUGCUCUGGGACACAGCCCUCACCUGCCCCACAUGGGCUCCAUGUGCCCCCCACCCCCUGCCUACCCCUGCUCAGCUGACCCCAGGAACUCCAGUAUCGCCUCUCUGAGGAUGAAGGCCAAGGAACAUAUUCACGCUAUUGGGAAGACGUGGUGAUGCUGAGUGGAGGUGGCAUGGACAUUUAUACUCUGAAAAACGGACUUCUGCCUCAUGGUGACAGGAUCUUGGACAUUUUGAAGAGUCGAUUCUACAGUUAACAUGGAGGAUUCAAGUCAUGUUCAUCACUGAUAAGGAUAGCACUUUCCUCCAAGCCUCCCUUUUAAGAACUAAUAGGCAAUAUAAAUAUAAAUCAUCAAUGAAUGGUUGUCAACCUACUUUCAACAUCUUAGUCAAUAAAAUUGUUCUGAUUGUGUUUUUCAACAAUUCUAAUUCAUCAUACAUCAAGAUUUGAAUAUAUUGACACUUUUUUUUUACAGCUUAUCAUCACUAAAUCGGCAAUUUAAAUCAAAGUGAUACCUUUACAAAAUGUUUGACACAAACUGUGAAAGUCCUGUAAUGUCAAACUAAUGAACACCGAUGAUCUGAUGUUUUGUUAUCCUGUGUCUGACGUGUUUACUGUGCAGUUUUACAAUCAUUCAGCCUGCUGUCAUCCAUA